UUGCGACAUAGGUGAGUUACACUGAUUCGCGACUGUUAGUACUAUCAAGAUGGGAGCUAUAACUGUGUGUUUGUUGAUUAUCUGUUGCCCUCUAGUUUGCUUUGGACGGCAAGUUAAGAUCCCAGUCGGCAUGUCAAUAGCUGACUUUAACGAUAAGGUUGUGGGGAAAUUCCAUCGACAACUCUACUGGGCAGUACCUGUCAUAAAUGGUGCACCGAAGUUUUCGGCUGGUCUAGGCUAUCAGCUCAAAAUCAAACAACUGGAAGAAGAGAAUAGAUACCUAGUAACAGCAAUUGCUGAUGUCGCGGAUGGAGAUUCUGUCGCACUGCAAAAGUGUAAAUCAUACUCUUACUACCUUAAUAAUGAUGCGGAUGAUGGUACAACCGUGCUCAACAAUGUUAACGAAACAACCACCCGCUACGCUGUCUUCUGGUCGUCAGACGUAGAUCACUACACAUUGAUGUUAAGAUGUUUUAUAAAGGAAGGCCUACCAGAACCAAGGACGUGCAAGGUAGAAGAUACGGCGAUAAGUCUGUUCGUACCAGACACACUUGACAAUCUGAAAUGGAGCAAGGUACUGAAAGAUCUUGAGGAGACCGAUGUUGAGUUCGGGAACGAACGAUUUGAAUGGUUUUUCAAUUUCAACUAUGGGAAAAGCACGUGUGUUGACGUGUGAUGACUGUUCAGAUUGAUUGCGGCAAGGACAGUGUCUUCCGAUUAGACAAGAGUCACCAAUUUUAUUUGCACUUUGUAUGUUUGCUUGUAUUUGAGCCUGUAAGUGUCCUCUCUUUAACAUAAACAAUAUUUAUGAAUCUUGACUAAACACCCCCACCAUCAUCACCACCACCACCACCACCACCAACAACAACAACAACAACAACAACAACAACAACAACAAUAAAUCAAUCAUUCAGUCCUAGGGUGUACCUUUUAAACAUAAACUUAUAAAGUGUUUUUUGUUCAAUCAUGAAUUGUUUACCUUUAAAUAAAGUUUCUUAUGUUU